AAGUCCAAUAUUUGUUGUUGCGUCUUGUGCCGAAGGAGAGUUGUUUUGACAGGGACGGGAAUCUGUGCCAAAAGAAAAUUUCUCCCGUCAGCUCGCACGGCCCUUCUCGCUUUAUCGGUUGUCCGAGUCGUGUGUGAAAAUGCAGUGAAUGUGUUUUGCAAACAAGGAUCGCUUAUUCACAAGGAUGUCGCGUGUAAAAUCGCGGACACAGGCCGAAGUUUGCGGCGACUGCGGUGCCUCAGAUCCGUCGUGGGCCUCCAUAAACCGGGGCAUCUUGCUGUGCUCGGACUGCUGCUCUGUGCAUCGGAGCUUGGGGCGUCAUAUCUCGCAGGUGAAGUCGCUGCGUCAGGGCGUUUGGUGUCCGGCAGUGCUGAACCUGGUCAACUCCCUGAAUGCCCACGGAGCGAACAGUGUCUGGGAACAUUACCUCCUCGAUCCGUCCGGAGGGAAAAGCAUGCGCAGGAAGCCCAAUCCGAAGGAUUCUCUGCACCCGACCAAAUCGGACUUUAUACGCGAGAAACAUGUGAAUCUUGCUUUCGUUCUGAAGCCAAAUAUCCUCGAGGACGGGGCGCCGAGUCUCGAGACCGAGCUGAGCAAGCAGCUCCACGCCAGUGUCCGAACGAGCAACUUAGAGACUUCGCUCCGGCUGCUCGUGCAAGGAGCUGAUCCGAAUUUCUUCCAUGAAGAAAAACAGUCCACACCACUCCAUGUCGCCGCCAAGUUUGGACAAGCCUCUCAAGUGGAGCUUCUACUAGUGUACGGCGCUGAGAUAAGCGUCCUGGACGGCAACGGGAACACUCCGGUGGAUAUAGCGCGAAGUAAUAAUCACAACGUGAUAGCGGACCGUCUGGUCGAAGCCAUGUACGAGGUAACGGACAGAAUUACGAUGUUCCUUGGAGGGAAGAGGCCGGACCAUGCUUCUGGUAAGCAUUUGGUGAUUCCCGAGCAACACUCCAGUGAAGUUGACGAACAGUUGCGAAUUGCUCGAGGAAAGCUGCAACUCGUGCCAAAUAAGAUGUUUGAGGAACUCGUGAUGGACUUGUACGACGAGGUCGACCGACGAGAGAACGAAGCAAUUUGGGCGACGACCACCUUGAAUCGUGAUAUCGUGGCAGUGCCUUUUCUCCCAACGAAUCCUUAUUUAAGUGCGACAAGAAAUCAGGGAAGACAAAAGUUGGCUCGUUUCAGUCCAUUGGAAUUUGCCGGACUACUUACAGAUGUUUUAAUGGACGCCAAAAGACGGCAAAACAUGGCUAAUCUACGGCCAUUGGAUUCACCCACGCUCUCGAAUAUGAAGCAGCGGGAAUCCAACUUGUCCGAUGAUGAGCCCUUGUAUGAUGCUGUAGCCUCCGAUGACGAUUAUGCUGCUCUCGCUCCUAUUGGACAACAGCCUGUCGUUAAUCAAUCCCCAGUGAGCAGUACAUCAAAUGCAGAGGUCGAGACACUUCGGAAACAGCUGAAGCUGUACAUGUCCGAAAUAACCCAGUUGAAAAGUGUUGUCAAGCAACUAUCCACCGAAAAUUCGGCGUUAAAAUCACAAUACGUCGAGUCUCCAACCAAUAGCAGUCUUUAUACCGUUCCUUUACGUAUUGACAUUAAUGGUACUGAAAACGAAACUGAACCAGUAUCUGAUGGACAAAGCAGUAGCCAGUCGUUAUCUAAGCGACCGGUUAGCAUGUAUGAGCAACGUUUAGGGCUGUACGGUAAUAGGGCUCCUGAAUUUCGUGCAACGACGAGUAUGUAUCAAAUGGCAGCUGAUAAGUCGUCUGUUGAAUUAAUGCAGCCAUUUAGUGAGGAAGUGAAGCAUAGGACUGAUUUAGUAACUAAGAGACUUAAGGAGAUUUGUCAAGCUUUACAAGAUGUUACAGAUAAGGGAGCUUUUGUGCCAUGCGCUGAACGAUUGAGGAUUGCUGUUGCUGAACUGAUUGCUAUAUUUCCAAUGCAAACGUCCAACGAUAUCGUCAAAACUGCUAUUCAAGCGCUGAAUGAAUACACUAGUCGCAUCCAGCAGGAGAGCGAUCACUUGCAAAAAUCAUUGAUAGCGGUCGAUGACUCAGCUGCAAACCAUUACAUGCAAGAAGUUCGUAAUUGUGCCUUACAAAUUGCAUCUGCAACGAAAGCCUUAGUUGUGCAGUUUCAAUGACGAUUGCUGUGUUGCCGGGUCUAGUUUUCUUUUGAAAUACUGUUUCGUUUUUAUAAUGACGAUAGAAAUGACGAGUUUUAUUGAUCGUGCAUUUGCUUUUUCUGAUCAUUAACUUUUACUAAUUCAAUUUUAUUUAUUCGAUCUUGAAUAUAUAUUUUAUGAUGGGAAAGAAAAGUUUGAAGGAAAAUAUUAUAUAGUCAGAGAUUCUAUUACAUUUUUACAAGUGCUGUACUGACAAUACAGCUUAUAAUUGGGUACUGAUUACAAAAGACAUUCUGUUUACUCUUAUUUCUAUGUAAAUAUAUAUCAAAUUGCAGUUCAAAGAUAAAGUGAAACAAUAGAAAAAUAUAAGUCCUUGAUACUGUCCGCCUUAUUUUAAAUAAAAAACAAUAUUUUAAUAGAAAAUACAACUAAAAUAUAUUACACAUAUUAUUGUGGAUUAAAUACAUUUGUAUUCCUUUAUUGAAA